UGUCGCUGCUGAAUCAUGUAUGACUGAGUCCCUCCCCAAAGCAGGUUGGUCUGCGGGUGCAGAACAAGAAUCUCCAGUCUCACUGCAGAUCCGACAUGCUUGUUAUUAGCAGAGUCUCACUCACAGAGCUGCCCGCGAUGGAAGCAAAGACCCACAGAAGCAGUGGCCAUGGGAAGAUCCUGGUGUAGCUGGAAUGGAAUCAUGAGCCUCUUCCCAUUUUACAUCUUCCUAGAGAUGGCAGUGGUGAUGGUUUGUGCCGCUGUGAAUUCAACAGAACAAGCCAAGCUUUCUGCUCCAAGGAAUAUUUACAUGAAUUCCACCAACAUGAAGCAUUAUCUGUAUUGGGAUCCCAUCCUAAAUGAUGAAGGAACUGUAAACUUCUCAGUUCGGGUUCAAGGGGAGUAUGAGCGCUCAUAUAUGUAUAAGGUCUGGACUUCUGCAGACGGGUGCCAGUCCAUCACUGCUCGCUGGUGCAAUGUGACUGACGAAAUCGCCACCAAUGUCUGGUAUGAACUGCAGGUCCGAGCAGAACUGGGAAGCCAAAAAUCUGACUGGGCAACGAUAGGACAACCCUUCAAUCGGAAUUCAAGUGUCCUUACUCCUCCUGCAGUUAAAUUCCAAUCCUCAGAACCACCACUGACACUGGAAAUUGAAUACUUAGGACCAAACUUUGUUUUUAUUGUCUUUUAUUGGAAGAAAGGGAACGAAGACAAGGUGGUCAGUAAGAAGAUGUAUAGAGGGGCUACAAUGUUCCACCUGGAAAACGUGGAAGGAGGGAAUGAAUAUUGUGCCCAGGUGAUUGCUCAUGCCGUACCCAUCUCCCGAAAUAGUAGCAAGAGCACAGAAGUGUGUGCCACGGCAAAAAGAUCUGGACUCUCCCCUUUAACCACUGGCCUCAUAUCCCUCUUUGGGAUCAUCGUUGGGCUUGCGCUUCUGUGUGUGUUACUGAGGAACUUGGUCCUUGUCAUGCGGUAUUCAUGCUACCCGCAAAGAAAAAUUCCUGACACGCUGAAGGAGCCCUUCUCUUCCCAGAAGAUAAUGAGGCAUCACUUCUUAGAGGACUGCGAGAAGAUCACCAGCAUUGAACCCAGUAAUCAAAUAAUAUAUAAAAUUAUAGGGCAGGACUGCAGUGCCAAAACACAAUUACUGUAAAUAUUUACACACUGGGACAUGGAUACAUUACAAGGCCCUUCACUUAUACUUUGUAUCACAGACACUUCAUUCAGUUCUGUCAGGAUUAAAGGACCCACACAAUGUU